AGAGAGAGAGAGAGAGAGGUGGGGGAGGGUCACGUGUGUACACACGGUAGAGUUCUGCACGGCGCUCGAGCGCGUAGUAAAGUCGCGAGCGUCCUCCCACAGGACUGUUUUUAUUUUACACAACAAGAUCCGAACGGGACAAAACAAACCGAAACUGCCACCGUUUGUGACGUUAUUUACAGCAAACACACGCCGUAACGGACUUGUGGGAAACUCUGUUUCGGAACAUGGGAGUUGUGUGAAGAGUUACAGAGGAGAAAUGACAGUAGACGUAAAGCAGGACCCAAUGCCUCCAUAGGUGCAGAAACCAGUCCUGUUGUCGAUCCAGUGAGGCGAAGUGGAACGCCGUGAGAGGAACGCAGUGUGAGGUGUGUUCACUUCGCCAUGUGGAGCUGCAUGGUUUAUAAUGAGACAGAAGGCAGCACAGACCUGGCUGUUUGCUGGGACUUGGGCCUCGCUCUGUCCAUCUUCUCAUUCUUUUACCUCAUCGUGUGCUUUCCUGUGGGGUUGUGCUACAACGCCCUGUUGGUGGCAGUCAACCUCUCCAAUAAGAUGUCCAUGACCAUGCCGGAUGUGUAUUUUGUGAACAUGGCCAUUGCAGGGCUGGUGUUGAACCUGGUGGCUCCGGUCGAGCUCCUGGGCCCGGAUUUCACUCGCUGGCCUGCAUGGGAGCAUAACGAUGAGGUGUACAUCACGCUCCUCAUCCUGUUCAACAUCUCCUCCCUGGUCAUCAUGUACUCAACAGCGCUGCUCAGCCUAGAUUACUACAUAGAGUGGGCGCUGCCCCGCACCUACAUGUCUAGUGUUUACAACACCAAACACGUGUGCGGCUUCAUCUGGGGCGGCGCCGUACUCACUAGCUUCUCCUCGCUCCUCUUCUACGUGUGCAACCACGUGUCUGCGAAGAUCCUCGAGUGCUCCAAGAUGCAGAACAAAGAGGCAGCGGACGCCAUCAUGACGCUCAUCGGUUACGCCGUGCCGGCAGCCGCCGUGCUCUAUGCCCUCUGCCUCAUCCUGCGCAUCCGCAAGGAGACCACGCCCUUGGACCAGGACUCGGGAAGGAUGGAUCCUUCAAUCCACAGGCUGCUCCUGGCCUGCGUGGGCGUGCAGUUCGUCCUCUGGACGCCGUACUACAUCACGCUGCUUCUGCUGACGGUCGUCGACGUGCCGCGGAUGCAAACCACCGGCACCUACGCCUUCCUGAGAGGCAUUUCGCAGCUGCUCGCCUUCUCCAGCAGCUUCGCCAUGCCGCUCAUGUACCGGAAGAUGAACAAAAACUUUGCUCGCAAGCUCCAGAGACUGCUGAGGAGGCUGCAUUGUAGCAAGCAGUCGUGUCCUCACGAACACUCUGUCAUACAGCAGGUGAUCACGUGAGGAUCCGGUGACCGGGGCUUUGCUGCUCUUUAAUGGCACUUGUGCACAAACCACAGGCCGCUGUGAAACUGUGAAACUCUGGAAACUCUUAUUAACCAGUUUGUCUUUGUCAUGUCAUGUCAGUUCACCAAGUGUGAUGAAGAAAACCCAUGGGUCUAGCAGAACUCUCUGGAAGGAAAACUUGAUCUCAGAUCUGGCAGCAGUCUGUUACAGGACAUUACACAGCCUUGUCCUUUGUUGUUGUUGUUGUUGUUGCUGCGGUUUUUGCUUUGUGACCAACCUGAACUCAUUGAACUGAAAACUACAUCCUGAUUGAUGCUAACGUUACACACAGUGCUUUGUUUUUUGAGCAGCAUCGUGUCACUUUCCUUUUAAGAAAAGCACAGUUUAUUAUCAUUAUUAUUGUCAUAAAUACCUUAGAUUAAUACGAGCCAACAAACAUGACAAGGGAUUAGGCUGUGUAGUGAACACCCAGAUAUAUCUCAGACAGCUGAGUGUGUGGGUGUGUGUGCGUGUGGGUGUGUGUAUGUGUGUGGGUGUGUGUGUGUGUGUGCGCUCCUCCUCACUUCCUCCUCAUCUUAGCCAUUUUUUUCUGCAGCUGAAAUCGAAUCGUCAGUUUGUUAAACCAAAAGCAGUGGAAUUGUAAAAAAAAAGGCUGUAUCCUGAAUAUCUGAAAGUCGCAGCUACGUCCUGUCCUGAGCUCAGCCCGUGUUCUUUAUUCUCAACAGUCACCGAAGGCGGCGUAGAAACAACUCCUUCAAAGCUAUUUCAUUUCAUUUUGUCAAUCUGACAGAAACGGGUAUAAAAAAAUAAAUACAUAAAAA